CACCCUCCUCACCCUUUCUGAUUCUGCAUGAACCCAAACCCCCAAAACCCCAAGUCUUCACCUUGUCCAACUUGCUCAAAUAGUACUCAAACUGGUCACAUUCUCCAUCUCCCACUAGUUCCUACUUCCCAAAACAUAGGUUGACAAUGACAAACCGGCCAGCCUAGCUUGUUGAGUUUCAGUGAAAGUAAACUCUUUCUUUGUUAGUUGGAGCACUAAAAAUUCUCUUUGUUCCCAAUAUUGACUGGAGCUUAGUGAAUCCCUCACCAUGAAGAAGCUUUCCAAAUUGUCACUAAUGUGCGUUUUAUUCUUUGGCUUCUUUCUUCUGUCAACCCAAGCCAGAUGGCAUAACCAUACCAAACACAGCAAGCACAACCACCCUCACAGGAUUUCUUACAUUUCACAGCCUCCUUCCACUUCACCUGGACCUACAGCUAGUUAUAGUCCUCCUCCCGAAGAGCCUAAGAAUCCAUACAACUCUACACCUGGUGUUUUUGAUGUUCGAUCAUAUGGGGCUGUUGGGGAUGGCCAAACAGAUGACACACAGGCAUUGAAGAUGGCUUGGGACACAGCCUGCCAAAGUGAAUCACCAGCAAAGAUACUUGUUCCGAACCAUUUCACAUUCAUGAUUCAGUCCACAAUAUUUACCGGUCCCUGCCUUUCAGGCCUGGUGUUACAGGUUGAUGGGACUAUAGUACCACCUGAUGGACCAGAGUCCUGGCCAAAAAACAACAGCAGGCGCCAAUGGCUCGUCUUUUAUCGAAUCAACGAGAUGUCGCUGCAAGGGGGUGGUGUUAUAGAUGGGAGAGGAGACAAAUGGUGGCAUCUUCCCUGCAAACCCCACAUGGGGAUAAAUGGAACCACCUUGCCCGGACCAUGUGAUAGCCCAGUUGCCAUUAGGUUUUUCAUGAGCUCUAACUUGACAGUACAAGGUCUUACGAUUAAGAACAGCCCCCAAUUCCACUUCAGAUUUGAUGGUUGCAGGAAUGUGCAUGUAGAGUCCAUUUCUAUAUCAGCUCCUGCUCGAAGUCCAAAUACAGAUGGGAUUCACAUACAGAAUACUAAUGAUGUCAAAAUUUAUAAUUCAGUCAUUUCUAAUGGUGAUGAUUGUGUAUCAAUUGGAUCAGGCUGUUAUGAUGUAGACAUAAGAAACAUCACUUGCGGUCCUGGUCAUGGAAUCAGCAUUGGGAGUCUAGGAAACCACAACUCGCGAGCAUGUGUGAAAAAUAUUACAGUUCGAGACUCAAUAAUUAGAGUUUCGGAUAAUGGAGUUCGGAUCAAGACAUGGCAGGGUGGAUCCGGAGCAGUAUCUGGAGUAACAUUCAGUAACAUUCACAUGGACAAUGUUAGGAACCCGAUAAUGAUUGAUCAAUUUUACUGCCCUACUAAGAAGUGCAUCAAUCAAACUGCAGCGGUAUAUGUAUCGGACAUCCUAUACUUGGGCAUAAAGGGAACCUAUGAUGUCCGGAAUGCUCCAAUGCAUUUUGCCUGCAGUGAUUCUCUGCCAUGCACUAACUUAACACUCUCAGAUGUUGAGCUUCUUCCUGCUGUAGGAGAUAUGAUGUCAGACCCUUAUUGUUGGAAUGCUUAUGGACAACUGCAAACGCUUACUAUUCCGCCGGUCUCUUGCUUGUUGGAGGGUACUCCUAGAUCUGUACUGAGCGAUGAAAUAGACCAUUGCUGAUAUAUCUCACUGGAUUCAUGUUAGGUCUGUAUACCAAUUAGAAAUCCAAAACUACAAGAGGAAUUAGGAAUCUGUAAGGAUUGUAAUUCUACUUGCAAGUGUGUGAUUGUAGAGGAGGGAUAUUUUAUGUGCUCCCUGUCAUAUACAAUCUGUGUUUUUCUUCAAGUUCUUGUCCUAGAGAUAAGUUUUUUCUAGCUUUUAUUAAGACAAAAAAUAUUCUAGUUCUGCUGUAACACAUGCAUGUAUGAUUUGUGGGGAACGUUGGAUAA